AACGAAAUCUACAUCGCACUCGGAAGCACACGCACAUACUCCUCGAGCCAUGACGAUCGCGCGGUACUAUUCUGCUGGUGCACUGUCGGCCGCGAAAACGAACGUGCUGCUAGAAUCGCUGAAAGCGAUUAACCCACGUGUGCGAUCGUUACAGACGGAGAAAUGUUUCUACGUGCAAAACAAUCGCUACAAGCAGCUACCGGCAGAUGUCGAUGCCAAGCUGCACUGGAUACUGAAGGAAUCGGACACCGUCGAUCAGCUGUCUGCCAAGGCUGGGCUGACGGCCGGUCCUAGUCAGGUGUUGAUUGAGAUCGGACCACGUUUCAAUUUCUCUACCGCCAGCAGUACGAAUAGUGUUGGUAUCUGCCACAACUUGGGGCUAGAUUUUAUCGAGCGCAUUGAAGUAUCGACCCGCUAUCUGGUCGGAUUGGAUGGACCGGUUGGAAAGGAAGAGGCAGCAAUUGUUUCGUCCCUACUGCCAACACUUCACGAUCCAAUGACGCAAUGUCAGUACACGGAGCACAACAUUCCCACCAACGAUUUCUACGAGACUGUGUCGCGAUCGAAGGAAGAUUGGUAUUUUGUUCCGCUACUUGAGCAGGGUCGUCGUGCGCUGGAAGAAAUUAAUGUGAAGAAUGGACUCGCAUUCGAUGAGUGGGAUCUCGAGUACUACACCAACCUGUUCGUAAAGGUGCUCAAGCGUAACCCAACAAACGUGGAGCUUUUCGACUGCGCGCAGUGUAACAGCGAACAUUCGCGGCAUUGGUUCUUUAAGGGAAAAAUUUCGGUUGACGGAAAGCAGAAAAAACAGUCGCUGAUUGAGAUGAUAUGCGAUACGCAGCGCCACACGAAUCCGAACAACACAGUCAAAUUUAGCGACAACAGUAGCGCUAUCAAGGGCUAUCAACAUACGGCCCUGCGCGCUUCCUGUUUCGAUGGUCCUGGCAAGUUUGUGCAGCGUUCGGUACAGUCGGAUUUGAUCUUUACGGCCGAAACGCACAACAUGCCAACGGCGGUGUCACCGUUCAGUGGGGCAACUACCGGUACUGGUGGUCGGUUGCGCGAUGUGCAGAGUAUUGGCCGUGGUGGUUUGCCGAUAGCUGGCACGGCAGGUUACUGCGUCGGUAUGCUAAACAUACCGGGCCAGAAGCUACCGUACGAGAGUGAGCAGGACUAUCCGGGAUCUUUCGCUCGCCCGCUGAAGGUGCUGAUUGAGGCGAGCGACGGUGCGUCGGAUUAUGGUAACAAAUUCGGCGAGCCAGUUAUUUGUGGGUUUGCGAUUUCGUUUGGUACGGUGCAGGCGGACGGGCGGCGGAAGGAGUACGUGAAACCGAUCAUGUUUAGUGGCGGUGUCGGCACGAUGGAUUCUGGUCUGGUAGAUAAGCAGGAUCCCAAGAAGGGUAUGCUGCUGGCAAAGAUCGGUGGACCGGUAUACCGUAUCGGGGUAGGUGGUGGUGCGGCCAGCUCUGUCGAGGUGCAAGGUGACAGCACAAAUACUGAUCUCGACUUCAAUGCUGUGCAACGAGGUGAUGCUGAGAUGGAAAACAAGCUGAAUCGUGUGGUCCGUGCCUGUAUAGAGAUGGGCGAUCAAAACCCCAUCCUCGCUAUUCACGAUCAAGGUGCCGGUGGUAACUGUAACGUGUUGAAGGAAUUAGUCGAACCGGGUUGUGCCGGUGCAGUGAUCUUUUCCAAAGCAUUUCAACUCGGUGAUCCAACCAUCUCCACACUGGAACUGUGGGGUGCAGAAUAUCAGGAGAAUAAUGCCGUCCUACUGGACGCAAACGAUCGUGACUUGCUGCAGCGCAUCUGCGAUCGCGAAAGAUGUCCGGUAUCGUUCGUCGGACAGGUCACGGGCACCGGGUAUGUGACACUGCUCGAGCAAGAGUUCGAUGGUAAUGGAGAAAAGUUUGCUGAUCGUACGAAAUGUACUCGGGAGCUAUCGCACGUACCGUUCGAUAUGCAUCUCGAUCACGUGCUAGGCAAGAUGCCGCAGAAAGAAUUUAAUCUACAUCACAUGGAGGAACGAUUAGACGAGUUCAAGCUGUCGCCCAACGUGAAGCUUGCCGAAGCGUUGAAUCUUGUCUUGUCUGCUGCGACUGUAGGAAGUAAACGGUACCUAACGAACAAGGUGGAUCGUUCGGUGACGGGACUGAUCGCUCAGCAGCAGUGCGUCGGUCCACUGCACACACCUUUGGCUGAUUUUGGGCUGGUAGCUGUGUCACACUUUGCGCGCGAGGGCAUUGCAACGUCGAUCGGUGCCCAACCGAUCAAGGGCUUGGUUGAUCCGGCAAAGGCUGCUCGAAUGACGGUUUCGGAAGCACUUUCAAAUCUAGUGUUUGUUGGUAUUAGUGAGCUGGCGGAUGUGAAGUGUUCGGGCAACUGGAUGUGGGCCGCAAAGGUCCCCGGUGAAGGCGCUAAGUUGGUCGAUGCAUGCGAAGCUAUGUGUGAACUGAUGGGCCAGCUGCAGAUUGCGAUCGACGGUGGAAAGGAUUCGCUCUCGAUGGCGGCACGUGUGAAUGGUGAAACGGUUGUCAGUCCAGGAACGCUCGUCGUAUCUACGUACGCGCCGUGUCCGGAUGUGACGGUAAAGGUGACGCCCGAUUUAAAGGCGGCCUCACUAGGAAUGGAUACAUCACUACUGUUUGUAGCGAUUGAAGGACUACGUUUCCGGCUUGGUGGAUCCGUAUUGGCACAGUGUUACGGCAAACUUGGAGGCGAAUGUCCCGAUGUGAGCAAUGCUCAGUGCAUGAAGAAUGCAUUUAACGUGACACAGGAACUGUUGCGCAAAGGGUUAUUGCUGUCCGGACACGAUUGUAGCGAUGGUGGGUUGAUUACAACGUUGCUCGAGAUGGCUUUCGCUGGAUUGACUUCGGUCGAGAUUAACCUGGAACAGCUGCUGUCUUCGAGUGAUGUGUCCAACAUGCAAGCAUCCGCCAUUCGGGUGCUGUUCGCGGAAGAAUGUGGCUGGGUGCUGGAAGUGAAGCAGCAACACGCUGCUGAGGUGCUGAGUACAUUCCAUAAGGCUUCCGUUCCCUGCUACACAGUAGGCCGUGGUGUUGCUGUGGCCGACCUUCAUUCAACCCAGUCCGUGACGGUUCGUGCCAGUGGCAAACUGGUGUUGCUGCAGGACAGUCUGUUUAAUCUAUUCAAUCGUUGGGAGUCGACUAGUUUCGAAAUUGAAAAGCUUCAGAAAGCAAAGGCAAGUGCGAUUGAAGAGUACACGGGCAUCGAGCGUCGAACGGGACCGCAUUACACGGCCAGCUUCAAUCCGGAUACGGUGUACGCUGAUCUGAAGCUGAGCGCAGCCGGACCAAGGGUCGCCUUGAUACGGGAGGAAGGAACCAACGGUGAUCGUGAGAUGGCGGCCGCCCUGUUCGGUGCCGGUUUCGAGGUGCAUGAUGUGGUAAUGAACGAUCUGCUGCAAGGUCGCACCACGCUCGAUCGCUACCGUGGAAUCGUAUUUCCUGGAGGGUUCAGUUACGCUGACACGCUUGGUUCGGCCAAGGGUUGGGCCGCAUGCAUUCAAUACAACGGCACGAUCGCUCCACAGUUCGAGCACUUCCGCCAGCGCAAGGAUACGUUCUCGCUAGGUGUUUGCAACGGUUGUCAGCUGAUGGGUCUGAUCGGUUGGGUCGAAACGGGACUGACCGCGGUAAGCGCAACUGAUAGCGUGCCCGAAAUUGUGCUGGUAGGCAAUCGAUCGGAAAAAUUCGAAAGCCGUUGGGUAACGGUACGCGUUCCGGCGAGUCGCUCGAUCAUGCUGCGCCGUUUGGCUGGGAGUGUGCUCGGAUGCUGGGUUGCGCAUGCUGAAGGACGCUUCUCCUUCCGUACCGAGGCCACACGUGAUCGUUUGCAGGUGAGCGAGUGUGUCGCAAUGCAGUACGUGGACGAUGCGGGCAAUCCGACCGAAACAUACCCGAUGAACCCGAACGGAAGUCAGCUGGGUAUUGCGGGUGUUUGUUCUCCCGAUGGGCGUCAUCUGGCAGUUAUGCCUCAUCCGGAGCGGUGCGUACAGAUGUGGCAGUGGCCGUACGUGACAAGCGACUUCCCGUACAAAAAUGCUUCACCAUGGAUGUCCAUGUUCCAGGAGGCUUACCUGUGGUGCCAACAGUGAGGAAAUACGCGAGCUAAUACCAUUCCAGACAAUC